AUGGCAGUGCCUUCAUUUUCAAGCCGCGCAGAAGAGGUCCGCAAUCUUUUGAGCGCAGUCGAAGACCUUCUAAUUCCCUUCAUCCGAUCCGCGGACCAGGAUACGCUUGCCCCGAAAGCUCGAACAAAUGGCGCCAACAAGACCAAUGGGGCCAACGGAGACCACACAAUUGUUGGUGAAUCGCUGGUGAACUACAAAAAGCCGGAAGAACUGCAGAAUAUCUUGCAAUUGAGCCUUCCGCAACAAGCUACUGGACAAGAGGGCUUGAUCGAGAUUCUUCGCAAGGUCCUCCAGUACUCCGUCAACACCUGGCAUCAAGGCUUCCUAGACAAGCUGUAUGCUUCGACAAAUGCGCCUGGUGUUGCGUCUGAGCUAAUACUAGCGGCGUUGAACACGAACGUCCAUGUAUAUCAGGUAUCGCCGGCUCUCUCCGUCAUCGAGAAGUAUACCGGACAACAGCUGGCCGCGCUUUUUGGAUUAACCGGGCCGCGAGCUGGUGGAAUUUCAGUUCAGGGUGGCUCUGCAUCAAAUACGACGUCUAUUGUCAUUGCGCGCAAUAAUCUAUACCCAAGCACGAAGACGGACGGCAAUGGCAACUACAAGUUCGUUCUGUUCACGAGCGCUCACGGACACUACAGCAUAGAAAAGGCAGCUCAAAUGCUAGGCCUCGGCAGCAAUGCGGUCUGGUCGGUUCCAAUUGACAAACAGGGGCGACUGAUUCCUGCAGAGCUCGAAAGGCUGGUCCAAAAGGCAUUGAGCGAAAAGCGCACACCCUUUUACGUCAAUGCAACUGCCGGAACAACAGUCAUGGGUUCUUUCGACCCAUUUGAGGAGAUAUCAACCAUCUGCAAGAAUUAUAACCUAUGGCUACAUGUGGACGGUUCCUGGGGUGGCUCGUUCGCUUUUUCACAACGCCAACGCCACAAGCUCGCAGGCGCGGAAAAAGCCAACAGCAUUGCCAUCAACCCGCAUAAGAUGCUGGGAGUCCCUGUAACCUGUUCUUUCUUACUAGCGGCAGACUUGCGGCAAUUCCAUCGUGCAAACACUCUUCCUGCCGGAUACCUCUUCCAUAACGAGGAUGAAAGCGAGGUCCCUUCGGCAGGAAACGGAGUUGAGCCAGGGACAGCGUCGGAGCUAGACACCGACUCUCCCGAAAUAUGGGAUCUUGCAGACCUAACACUCCAAUGCGGUCGCCGCGCCGACUCGCUUAAGCUCUUCCUCGGCUGGACGUACUACGGCACAGCCGGGUACGAAAGCCAGAUUGACACAGCCUGCGAGACAGCAGCAUACCUUGCGACACUUGUUCAGGGUAACCCUAACUUUGUCCUCGUCAGCGAGAACCCACCUCCUUGUCUUCAGGUAUGCUUCUACUAUGCACCGGAUGGUAAACUCCUCCAUCCACGCGGUGCCGGUGUCGUCUCAAAUGAAAAAGAGCGAGCCAAGGCCAACAGCAAGGUCACGGAGCAAAUAACGCACGCGAUUGUGAAACGGGGUUUCAUGGUUGAUUAUGCGCCGCCAAGCGGGGACGAGAAUGCAGUUGGCGAUGGCAAAUUCUUCCGGUGUGUCGUUAAUGUGCAGACCAGUCGCGAGACUGUCGAAGGGCUCGUUCGGGCCAUUGAGGACGUUGGGCCAGGGAUUGUCGAGAAUCUCAAAGUGGAGCCAUCGGCGGCAAAGAGGCCUGGAGAACGAGGCCAUGGGCCUGUUAUUCACCAGUCAUAA